GGCCCUGGUGUGUGAAUGUGAGUGUGAAUGUGUCAUGUCUGUGUUGAUCAUGUUUUUGUUUGGCCAUGUGCUGUUUGGUUUUGGACUCUUUUUAGUUCCUGCUUUUCACUCCCUUGUCUUGUUUCCAUGGUUACCCAUUAGUUUCACCUGUUCCACGUUUGGACUCAUUGUGCACUCUUGUUUGUCACCAUAGCAACCCAUUAGUUUUCACCUGCCCUCACGACUCACGCACCUGUCUUUAAUCAUGUCACUAUUAUUUAAACCGAUUGUUGCCAGGAAGUCUCCCUGGCGACAUCAUACCCCUGACACACACCUGACACUCUGCUUCAUGCUCAGUUCACGCUGCUUUCUUCAUAGUCCAUGCCAAGUAAGUUUUUGUUUAUUAAUGCCACAGUUAGUGUUUUUGUUUCAUUGUUCAUAGUUUCUGCCUUUGUGCAAGUUUUGUGUUUAUAGCCAAGUUUUGUACCUCCACUGUGAGCGCCUUUUGUUUGUUUCUUUUUUUGAGUGUUAAAAAUAAAUAAUGUACUCCCCUUCACGCCACGUAUGGUCCAAAUCAUUUACACCAUGGGAGAACAAAUCACGCCAUAGUUCUAGUCAUGACAGAAUGUUGUCUGUCUAUGUGUGUUGGCCCUGCAAUGAGGUGGCGACUUGUCCAGGGUGUACCCCGCCUUCCGCCAGAUUGUAGCUGAGGUAGGCUCCAGCGCCCCCCGCAACCCCGAAGGGAAUAAGCGGUAGAAAAUGGAUGGAUGGAUGGACAUUACAAAUGCAUAACCACAAUCAAUCCCAUUUGCGCUCAAAUUAGGGUUGUACAGUAUACCGGUAUUAGUAUAGUACCGCGAUACUAAUGAAUCAUAUUCGGUACUAUACCACCUCUGAAAAGUACCAGUCAUUUGCUUACUUACUAAUAAAAGAGAAGUUGUCUAGUAUGUUCACUAUUUAAUUUAAGGAAAAACAUGCAAUAACAAACAUACUGUCAGGGCGUGGACUUUUAUGCAGCUUACCGCGAGGAUUGUUUUCCUAGUAUGCAAACGGACUAGACCAGACAUCGGUAGAAGGUAGGAACAUGAUUUAAUUUUGACUAUAAAAAGUACAAUCAAAAGGCGCUCACAAGGCGGAGACACAAACUUGGCGCAGGGAACAAAACUAAUACUUUUUUUUUCUACCAAGAAAAAUAAACUAUGAACAUAAAACAAACAACACUUACUGUGACAUGAGCAUAGCAGCAUAAACUAUGAACAAGAACUAUGGCGUGGGCAGAGCAAACAGAGUAAAUCCAGAGUACCGUAUUUUUUUGGACUAUAAGUCGCAGUUUUUUUCAUAGUUUGGCCGGGCUCCAGUGCGACUUAUAUGUUUUUUUUCCUUUUUUACUAUGGAUUUUCGGCAGGUGCGACUUAUACUCCGGUGCGACUUAUACUCCGAAAAAUACGGUAAUGUCGCCAGGCCGACUCACUGGCAAAACAGGCUUAAAUAAUAGUCUCUGAUUAAAACAGGUGCGUGAGUCAAACACGUGAGACAGGUGAAACUAAUCAGUCGUCAUUGAAACUAAAACAAGGGAGCGCAAAAACAGGAACUAUGGAGUCUUAAACCGAACAGAAAAUAACCAAACAAAAUCCAGACCACAGAACAUGACACAUACUUUUAAUGUACCGUAAGAUUUUUUGUAAAAAUAAAGCCAAAAAUUCUAUUUUUUGUGGUCUCCUUUAUUUAGAAAAGUACCAAAAUGUAUCGAAGUAAUUUUGGUACUGGUACCGGUACCAAAAUAUUGGUAUCGGGACGACACUAGCUCAAACUGGUAAAGGUCCAAAGGAAAUAGGAAGAAGCAGAGCUUAUUUGAUCCUACCAUUGUCCCCCUAUAAGUAUCUGAAAAGUCACAGUGCUACAAUAGUUGUUUAUACUUUGUCAGCACCACUAUGCUUAUGCUGUAUUGCUUCAUGAACGGAUUAAACUUGCAUUUUUACAACUUGAAAGUGCAUUAAUUGAGUUCUGUUUGAGUAGAUGACUAAUACUACAGUAUGACUUGGCGAGUUUUACCAGGGCGUAUGCCUUCCUCAAGACAGAAAAUAAUGUCACACAGCAAUCCUGUUAGACAUGUUAUUUGCGAUCCACUGUGUCCAGUAAGGUUUGUUAUUCUUUGUAGAAGCCAUUUCAAUAGGUUGUUCUGACUUGCCACACCUCUGUUGUGUUACUAAGUCUGAGUACAUCUGGCUACUGCUUCAUAUUGCUCCCUGUUUCUUUGACUUCAACUGCUGACUCUGGAAUGUAUUUUUUGUCCUGGAACUAAAUUUCCAAGAUUAUUCUUCACCAUGUCGAGGCAGCUAGCACAAUAUCACCCACAGGGGGCCUAUUUGGCUCUGAUGAGAGGUUUGAAUGAGGUGGACCUUUGUGGCCCUCCUGUGCCCUCUAACCUGAUUCUGACAGGAGACCAUGCCUUUCCUUUGGUUAUGAACAACCAAGGCCAAGUCUUGAUGGCGGCCUCUCAGUAUGGCUCCGGAAGGAUUGUGGUCUUGGGUCAUGAGGCCUACCUGACGACAGUCGCUGCUCUCGUAGAAAAUGCACUGACCUGGCUGAGAGGAGACAGAUCAGAGAACCUGUCAGUGGACGUCCACACAAGCGUUAAAGCAGUGGUUGAUUAUCUCAGCAGAUCCAGUUUCCAAACCAGAGUUGUGGGGGCAUUCCAAAAGAAUACAAAUGCCGGUGUGUAUGUAACAGAUGCCUACAGCCUUGGUACAGAUGUAAAGGACCUGGUGGCUUUCCUGAAAAAUGGUGGGGGAGUGUUGAUCGGAGGGCAAGCGUGGAAUUGGGCUGCAAAUCACCCAAAGGAAAACACUCUGUUUCAGUUUGAAGGGAAUAAACUUUCUGGUGUGGCCGGGAUUUACUUUUCUGAACAUCAGGGGGAGGCUGAAUGUCUGCCUGUACACCCUCAGAUUCCAUCUUCCUGGAUGGGCGUCGUUGUUGGUAAGGAUUUUGAGGAAGACCUGGAGUUCUUGCUAAAUGGGAUAUCCCAGUUUGACAUCACUGGUAAUGCGCUUGCUUCUGAGAUUCUUGUUCAUGGCCAGCUUGCCUUCCCUGUGGCAAUGGCAGACGAUGGACGGACAUUUUUGGCCGCCUCCUAUUAUGGACUGGGGCGCGUCAUUGUCGUGAGCCACCAAGGGUAUCUGCAAAGAGAGGCGUUUGCUCCAUUUUGGAACAACGCAAUUCACUGGUUGACCAAUGACCGACAUGGCACUAUUGGUAUCGAGAAACAAGACGUCUUUAAACAUUUCAAGAAAUCUGGCUUUAAGUGUGAGAAGACAGACUUCCGGAAAGACCUGAGUGUGUUUGUGGGCUCAGUAAACAAUGACAAACAUGCAGAGGAGAUCCACGACUUUGUAGCAGAGGGGGGAGGCCUGUUGAUUGGUGGCCAUGCCUGGUACUGGGCCCAAAAACACAAAGACCAAAACGAAUUUACAGAGUUCCCAGGAAACAAAAUCCUCAACACAAUGGGCCUGAGCUUGUUGAGUGCAACUAUUAAGGGAGGUGUCUUCAAGGCCCCUGUGCCCAGCAAGACCGUCAAAGACACCUACCACUUCCGCCACCUUCUGCAGCGCUUUGCUGCUCAUGUAACUCAGGGAGAGAAUCUUACUCAGCAUGAGGAGCAGUGCCUUAAAAGGCUUGGAAAUGACUGUGCGACCUUCUUAAAGAUGAAUGCCCACCACUGCUGCCCAUACAAUCAGGUCCUGUCCACCCUCACAAAUGUCCUGAAAAGAUCAGGCAUGCCUCAGGUAUGUGACAGCUGCCCAGUGAAGUCUCCCAAAGACCACCUCCUUCUCAGUGUGGGAGCAGAGGUAUACAAGGUUAGCCCCAAUCCUGACAGUCUGAUGCCUUACCUAAUCAAGCAGAAUCCCCAGUUACCUGUUGUCUACGACUACACGAUUCCAUUGAACGUCAACACAGCAGAAAAGGAUGAGUGGAUCAGUACAGGUCUCUACCUGUCUCCCGGCAUGAAGACCUACAUGGCGUUACCUGCACAGAUUGUCAACAAGGGAUGGAAGGUCCAAAUUGGUUGUCAAACAGACCAUCUUAAGCAUGAAAACUUGAAGAGGGCACCUAAAGUUCAUGAGCGAUUUCCCAUUAACACAGAGAUGUUGCUGGUGUGGAACUUAUGGGGGGGUCUGGUCUAUUUGGUGGCCCCACCAAAAACCCAAAUGAGAGGCCUAGAGGUCAAAGUGCAGAUAGCUGUGCCAGCACCUUAUUAUAAAUCUGGUGCCACAACACCAGCCGAUUGGUCUUUGCGGCGCACAGCUCCUGCCCCCUGGGCCGAGUUGGAGUUUGAGAACAUUAUCCUCACUGUACCGUCAGAUGUCGUACGGACGUUAGAUCAGCCAGAUUUGUUGGCGGCGUUCUGGGACACCAUCAUGAGAAGCAUUGCUGAUCUGGCUGCAAAACCACACACAUAUGCCCGUAAAGAACGCUUUGUCGCAGAUGUGCAGAUUUCUCAUGGGUGGAUGCAUUCAGGAUACCCAGUUAUGAUGCACAAGUCCGGGGCAGCUAAUCUGGUCAAUAUUGAGCAUUCCAAGAGCAAAGGUAUGUGGGGGUCAAUUCACGAGCUUGGACACAAUCAGCAGAGAGGAUGCUGGGAGUUCCGACCACACACCACAGAGUGCACAUGCAACCUUUGGUCAGUGUAUGUGCAUGAAAUGGUGUUAGGGAUCAACAGGGAAAAGGCUCACAGUGCAAUCACUCCAGAGAAAAGAAAGAGUCGAUUGCAGGACUUUGUAAAAGAGGGCAAGCCACUAGGCAAGUGGGAGAUGUGGGUGGCUCUGGAAACAUACUUACAGCUCCAGGAAAGAUUUGGUUGGGAUGCUUUCAAGAGCGUGUUUGCUGCUUACCACACCAUAAGCAACAUUCCAAAGGACAACAAUGGAAAGAUGAACCUCUAUGCCGAGACCUUCUCGCAGACGGUGAAAAUGAACCUCUCUGGGUUCUUUAAGGCCUGGAGCUGGCCUAUAGAGAGAGCUACUGAGGAGAAACUAUCCAAACUUCCUGCCUGGACUGACCACCCCAUGGUCAAGCAUGGCUAAACGUUUGACUGGUGUUGAUUUGAGUGCGGGAAUCUGUUAGAAUCGCUGCUUCGACUUCAUUUGUUUUAUCAUUCUGACAUGGUUAACAUAUUUUAAACUACUCUUUGAAAGGUGUCCCUCCCAAACAGGUUCUCAUAGAUGUAAGUUUUCCUUUUAUAUGGGUAAAACAAUGACUUACAGUAUAUAUUAAUGACAUAAAUAAUAACAAUCACAGCAAUGAUUUUACUGAGCUACAACCAUGUGGCGCUAAUAACAGCCAUUAAAAAGGAAACAAUAAAUAUUUACACACAAAAUAAA